UGUACGCUCGUGUCCACCCAUGCCUCAUCUUUCAACUUGAGCAGUGGCCACCAUCUCUGCACAAAAGAUAACCCCCCCAGGAACAACGAACAAUAAUUGAGAGAUUCGACGACCGAAUGAGUAUCCUGUGACGGCCUCGGCAACUCGCUAGCUCCAUCUCGCCAUCUAUCUGUUCAUGAAACAAAGCACUAUCUUCUUCUAGAGCUGGUCACCCAAUCUCCCUCGCUUCCACAGUCACAGAGGCCAGGACUCCUUUUUUUUUCUGGUGGAAUGUAGGGGCAACGCGGAAAACACGCUGCAAACCUUGCGUGCAAAGUAGGCUUUUACCACCAAAACCUAGCAACAAUCCAUGUUCUUGCGAGAAUGGCAGGCACCAGCACUCCAGCAGAGUCCACUACAUGUAUUGCAUCAGUCAGUUCCGGCGCAAAAAGUGCAACGGCGAUCAAAAGCGAGUGUAUACUUCAGUCGGACUGGACUGUAGGGAUACACAUCCUGUGCAUCGAUCGAGAUUUCUGCGGAGGGCGGACGUCCAAGUCGCUUGCUUUGCUUCACCCGGUGGAGAAACCAGAGCACAGCGCAUGACUUUUAUAAAUAUAUAUAUCGUUCGAUCUAUCUAUCUAUCUAUAUAUACUCCUGUUGCGUAGAAUCGGCACAAGGGUGCACGUUCAGGAGGAGCUCUCGUGGCGUCCUAGUCUGUGGAAGGUCCAAAGAAGAAGAUGGACGGCGAGAUGGACGAGGACGUGCUCACGGAGAUCCUCGCGAGGCUGCCGUGCAGGUCGCUGGCGCGGUUCCAGUGCGUGUCCACGUCGUGGCGGCGCAUCAUCUCCAGCGACUACCUCCGCCGCCGGCUGCCGCUCAUCACGUCGGGCGUGCUCUACCACGAUGGUGGCAGGAGGCAGCAGUCGUACACGUACGCGUGCGCGUCAGGCGGCGGCGGCGGCGGCGGCGCCAUGGCGGAGGCCGCGGACAUGCGCUUCUUCCCGCGCCACGAGACGUCCACCAUCAUCGACGGCUGCAACGGCCUGCUGCUCUACUACGCGUCCCGCCCGGCGGCGUUCCACGUCGUGAGCCCGACCACGCGGCGGUGGGCGGAGCUGCCGGCGCCGCGCGCCAUGACGCUGCUCUCCGUGCUGGCGUUCGACCCCCGCGCCUCGCCGCGCUACCGGGUGGUGUGCUUCACCGGGUGGCUGCCCCGGGGCGCCACCGUCGAGGUGUUCGACUCCGAGCGCGGCGCGUGGCGGGGCCACGAGCUCGACUUCGGCCUCGGCACCGACGCCAUGUCGGCCUCCAUGCACUACGCCGCCGGCGCGCUCCACGUGCUGGCCUACUCGGGCCACGUCGUCCGCGUCGACCUGGACACCAUGGCGUGCGCGGUCACCCCGCUCCCGGCGCCCGUCAGCUGCCGCGCGCGCGCCGGGCACUGCCGCGGCCGCCUGCGGUUCGCGUCCAGCGACGGCCAGCGCCUCAGGAUCUGGGAGCUCCAGGACGCCGCCGCGGGCGAGUGGGCGCUCAAGCACGAGAUCGGGGUCAGCGACGUCGUCCCCGGCGACGCGGCGUCACAGCCCAUCACGUUCCUGUUCAUGGCGUUCCACCCCGACCGGGAGCUGGUGUACCUGUGGUCGCCGUGGAAGCUGCUGGCGUUCGACUUGGUCGAGAGGCGCGUCCAGGAAUGGGUGUUCGGCUCCGAGAAAGAAGGCACGCAUCUCAUACAGGUUUGGCUGUUCCCGUUCUCGCGCCAUUUGGCCAACGCGCUGGCCUGAUCAGGCCGGCUUGCCGACGAGCCAAAAAAAAAAAAAAGAAACAUGGGGCGCAAAUGUUCGUUGCCUAUCCACACUGCUCUGCUUGCUUAAACAUUGAUAAAAUAUCAAAAAAAGAAAAAGAAAAUAAUGCGUCAAAGACUGUGUUCGUUGAACAAAAAAAAAAGGGAGAAGAAAAAAGACGAUAGGUAGUAGAACUGAAAAAUACAUGCAUGUAACAAUUAUACAUUGCACGACAUGUCCAUGUCCUGUAUAUAUCAUGAUUACUGGUAUUAGGACUGUUCACCUGUAACGGUGUGCAAGCGUGGAACUGUCUGUGUCGUUGAUUUUCUAGUAAUGUUUAAGAACAUAUAUAUAUGUGGUUCAAGUUACUUUGAAUGUUGUUAGCAACUGGAGCAAGUUGCACAGGAGAUAUCAAGUUGUCAACUGAAUCGAUGUGACAGCUUACAGCGUGUACUCUCAUUGUAUUAUUAUCGUGGUACGCUUGAGUUGAAAUCAUGCCACUCCUUUCCUUUU